AUUACAACGGUACACGCAUCGUUGUAUGAAGAUUAUACUUCAUACAACGCACGCAUGGAGGAAGGAUAAUUAAACGUCAAAAACCGGCAUUUAGAGGUUAGUUUUUGUUUUUCAAAUCGUUUAUCGUUUUGAAAAGCAAUUUCAGAAUUCCAAUUAGAACACAGGGCUACUGCAUAGGAUCUUUGUAAUAUAAAAUAAAAUGAUUGAUUUCAUAGAAGGAUCUCGAAAAAAUCUGAGCGAACCAUAUUAUAUUAAAGACUUAUCAGAACAUGGACAAAUACUUUUCAUUGAAUUUUCUCCCUUCGAAUGGUCCCAAGAUUUACUUUUAAUAGGUUUUAAGAAGAAAAUUUUGUUAGCACAUCUUGAAAUAAGCGAUGUACUGAUGGUAAAAAUAUUAACUGAAUUUGCAAAUCCAGUUAGGUGUACAACGCUUAGCAUAUCUCCAGAUACAUCUUUAACUGCUUUGCCGAAUCAAGUUAUUUUCUGUGCUGGCGGUAACGAUUUUAAACUUAGAAUUUUUAGCAGCGAUUUGGAAGAAAAUAACACUUGCAAAGUGUUAACUGGUCAUAAAAGCUAUAUAAAUGAUUGCAUGUUCGAUCCUGAAAAUACAUAUUUAGUUUCUACAGGAGAUGAUAAUACUGUAAAAAUUUGGACUACCUCUGAUUAUGAAUUGAAAUCUACUUUUUUGCUAACAUCCUCAGGAAUGAGUGUAUGCUGGCAUAGAGCUGACAGCUCGAAGCUUCUUGUUGCUGAGAAAAUAGGAAUUAUUAGAUUUUUUAAUGUUGAAACUGAUACUUCCAUACUUUCUAUUAAUUAUAAUAAGACAUUAUCAAGCACCCAUUGGGCCCCAUCUGAUAGAGACAUUAUAGUUUCUUUACAACUGGGAGAAUUACUAAUAUGGGAUUUAACAAAACCUUGUUUACCUCUUCAAAACAAUAUUCUUUUCCCGGAAAAAGGUGGCUGUGUUAAAUUUUCUCCGCAAGGAGAGUUAAUUGCUGGAAUCAACAGUUUAGAUGGUACUUUGAAAAUUUUCCAUGUUAAAAGUCAAACUGUCAAAUUAACAGCUGGUGUGACUCUGCCUACAAAUGUUUGUUGGCAUUAUAGGUAUCCCUUAGUUUGUAUUGGCGAUGAUUUUAAACUAUGUUUUUGGAAAGUUACUGCAAAUUGAAACUGUUUUCGCAGAAUAAAUAUAUUUUAAGUAUGA